UUAUAGGCAAAUUUUCAUUAUUCGAUAUCAAAUCAACACGCAAAUUGGUUUUUUCUCUUGUUUCAUUUCAUUUCAACAAAAUUAAAAACGAAAUAAAAUCGACAGAAAAAAAGUUCAACGAAACUCAAUAAAAUAUAUCCAGAAAUAAUAAUAAAGCAUGAGCGAUUGGACAAAAUCUAAGAAAGAAUUAAGCAAUAACAAAGAAAUCGAAAAAAUGUCCGAAAGUGCUUCGAAAUUCCUCGGCGGAGUCUUGGGAGACAUCAGUUCACGGUCUGCCUAUUCCCAAUUGUUCAUUGGAGUUGCAUCUGGAUGGGCAACCGGCUAUGCCACUGGUAAAAUCGGUAAAAUUGCUGCCUUUGCUAUUGGCGGUGGUAUCAUUGUGAUGGAAAUCGCUCAUCAAGAGGGUUACAUCAAAGUUGAUUGGUCCAAAGUUACAAAGAAGAUCGACAAGGUAACUGACAAAGUAGAAGAAGCUGUAACUGGUCAUGAACGAAGCUGGGCGGAUAAGGCCGAACGGUUUGUUGACCGCAAAUUGGACAAGGCUGAGGAAUUAAUUAAGAACAAAGCCAAGAAGGGAAAGAAAUGGUACAGCAACUUGAUUGGUGAUGAACAGGGACCAAAAGUUAACGAUUUACACAUUUUCCUUACUGCUUUCGUUGGUGGUGUUGCAAUUGGCAUAGCAACUGCUUGAUUUUUACCCCCAAAGUAAAUAUUUUGAACAAUGCCCAAAUUAACAAAAAUUGAACAAAAUAAUACAAAAAAAUAAAACAAAACGAAAGAAAAAAAGAAAUAAAUGUUAAGAUAAAUAAUUUGCAUUCGAGGAUUUUGUCAAAUAAAAAAAAACCCUCAUAAAUGCCAAAAUUUAAGUCAUUACCAUUAUUGCUCGGUGUAUGUAUU